CUCCCCACCCUUUUUCUCAGCGCUACUAACCUACCUCAUCCGCCACUGCGUUCUGUAAAUCUACAUUAUAUUCGUUGUUUACCGGAUUACACACUACACCAGUUUAUGAAGACUUUUGUACCGCUUUUUUUCUAAGCUGCACUGCGGAAAUCUCUUUGAAACAAACACGGGACCGUCCAACUGCUUGAAACCAGAAGUGACAACCGCAGGAUUUGUGUGUGCUGCCCAGUUUCCCAACUUGUGUGUGUGUGUGUGUGUGUGUGUGUGUGUGUGUGUGCGUGUGUGUGUGUGUGUGUGAGUGAGUGAGUGAGUGAGUGAGUGAGUGAGUGAGUGUGUGUGAGGAGCUGUAGAGGCCUCUGUAGAUUUCACUCUCUAUUCAACCAUGUAUCAAGUCGUAAGGAAACUGUUUUUUACGGACUGCCAGUGUGCAGAAGAUGCGUCGACAAAGUACGAGGAUCUGUUUGCCAAGCUGGACACCAAUAAAGAUGGGAAAGUGGAUGUGUCCGAGCUGAAGGCAGGCCUGGCUGCGAUGGGCAUCAAAACCGGGAAAGGAGCAGCUCAGAAAAUAGUUUCCUCCGGAGACCAAGACAAAGAUGAAGGGCUCGACUUCAAUGAGUUUUCCAAGUACCUAAAGGAGCAUGAGAAGAAAUUACGGCUGACCUUCAAGAGCUUGGACAAAAACAAUGAUGGUCGAAUUGACUUCAUGGAGAUAAAGCAGUCGCUUGCUGAGCUGGGAAUGGAAAUCACCAAGGAGGAUGCAGAGAAGAUCCUUAAAAGUAUCGACGUGGACGGCACCAUGACUGUGGAUUGGAAUGAAUGGAGGGAGCACUUCCUGUUUAACCCUGCCACCAACCUGCAGGACAUUAUCCGCUACUGGAAGCACACCACGGUGCUGGACAUUGGUGACAGCCUCGCCAUCCCAGAUGAGUUCACAGAGGAGGAGAAGACCACUGGUAUGUGGUGGAAGCAGCUGUCUGCAGGAGCCAUGGCAGGUGCUGUGUCCCGUACAGGAACUGCCCCACUGGACAGAAUGAAGGUCUUCAUGCAGGUGCAUUCUUCUAAGAGCAACAAAAUCAGCCUGGUUAGUGGUUUCAAGCAAAUGUUAAAAGAAGGAGGUGUGACAUCUCUGUGGAGAGGAAACGGUGUUAACGUCCUGAAGAUCGCCCCUGAGACGGCCAUCAAGUUCAUGGCCUAUGAACAGUAUAAGAAGCUGCUGUCCAGUGAGCCAGGGAAGGUCCAGACCCACGAGAGGUUCAUGGCUGGAUCAAUGGCUGGAGCCACAGCACAAACUGCCAUCUACCCCAUGGAGGUGAUGAAAACUCGUCUGACCCUGAGGAAGACCGGGCAGUACUCAGGAAUGUUUGACUGUGCCAAGAAAAUCAUGAAAAAGGAGGGAGUGAAGGCGUUUUACAAGGGCUACAUUCCCAAUAUUCUGGGCAUCAUUCCCUACGCUGGGAUAGAUCUUGCAGUAUACGAGAGUUUGAAGAACCUCUGGUUGUCCCACUACGCCAAAGACACAGCUAACCCAGGUGUUCUGGUACUGCUUGGAUGUGGCACCAUAUCCAGCACAUGUGGCCAGUUAGCCAGCUACCCCCUGGCUCUGAUCCGCACCAGGAUGCAGGCUCAAGCUUCUGUGGAGGGCUCAGAGCAGAUGCCAAUGAACCGCAUGGUGAAGAAGAUUCUGGAAAAGGAAGGCUUCUUUGGACUUUACCGUGGCAUCCUGCCCAAUUUCAUGAAGGUCAUACCGGCUGUCAGCAUCAGCUACGUGGUGUAUGAGUACAUGCGCUCUGGCCUGGGGAUUCAGAAGUAGGCAGCAGAGUCAUCCGUGAAUACCAGAGUAUAAAAUGAUGUGCAGCAAUGUCGUAUUUCAAAACACUUCCCUUCUUACAUAUUAGGGAAACUGUCAUGUAAAGAACUUGUUUACCUGUAGGUCACCCAACAUCUGGACUCAGACUGCUGCAGAUAGAGACACUGUAGAAGUUUUAAAGUGACUGCAGGACUCUGGCUAAACUGUUGAGCCACUAUGAAAAAGAAGCUGUUUAGAAAAUCCUGCAGCACUCGCAUAAUAAUAAUAAAUAAGACUCCUACAGUGUUUCCAUCUGUGUGGAGGUUGUCCAGACUGCAUUUAUGAUGCACCCAAAGAUUUAAGUGCACUGUGGGUCUCAGGGCAGAGUUUGGGUCAACUGACUUUCCAUUUAAUCAACCAAAGAAGUGGAUAUUAAGACCUUUUGAAAACACAUACACUUGGAGAGGUUUUUUUUUUUUUUGAUUUCAAGACAUUUAUGUUUGGUUUAAUUGUUAGUUUGAGUAGAAAUGUCAAUGUUUUUAUAUAAGUCAUUUUAAGUAUUGGUCCUGUUGAUGUCACGUCACCAGAAAUGUGUCACAUGUUCCUCUAAUAUUUGACCAAAAAGCACCUUAUUGUACCAGUCUUGAUUCUGAUGGGAAAUCCAAGAUAUCAUCUGCUAAAGUGGGGUAACAUAAUUUUGCUAUUUCUUCUCUGUGAUUAUCAAAAGUAGUCAGUCAGUUGAUAAGUGUCAUUGUUCAUUUAAUUCCAGACACUGUUCCAGCUUUAUACAGCUCCCCUGAAUAUUGUGUGAGCAAUCUGAGGAAACUUUCAAAGUGCAAUAAUGUAUUUACACAUUGGACAUUCACUGUUAAUUUCUGAGGCAGGAAUUGUCUUUUGAGAAUGGAUUUCACUUGUGUUGUUAGUUCCACAAAGGUCCCCUUGAUAUCGGACAUUAUUAUGGCACCUUUUCAGUGAGUUUUGUGAGCAGGGGAGUAAUGUGCCUUAUGUGAUUUCUCUCAGAUGUCUGUGGACUUCUCCACCCUCCCUUUUCUUGCCUUUCUUUCCAAUAUUUGGCUAAUUAGACACUGGUGUUUACAGUAAUAAAAACAUUUGAAUACA